AUGAAGUACCUUCUUCUCGUUGCUUGUCUGCCGGCGCUCGCUCUCGGGCUGGCAGUAAGGCCGUGCCCGAACGGUGCGCCAAUUCCACAGGAUGUGCGCGUUAUCGGAUGCACGGCGGAACCGUGUGUGAUCCCGAUCGGCGGAAUGGUCGACAUGGACUGUGAUUUCAUUUCGCCCCGUGCCACCAACACGGUGACCGCGAGUCUUGAGAUUUUCCUCGGUGACUUCCGCGUGCCGUACGAGCUUCCGGCGGCGCAGCAGAACGCGUGCAACUUCUUCGAGGCCGGUAGCUGCCCGGUGGCUCAGGGGGAGUUCAUCAAUUACCACCUGAACACACCGGCAGCGGCCCCGUUCGCCGGCAUCACCGUCGAUCUGCGGCUGGAACUGACCGACGACAACGGCGUGCCGCUGUUCUGCUUCCUUUCGUCCGCUCAGAUUGUGGCAGUUUAA